AAAACACACCAGCCAGUUACCUUUGUCUUUCUUUGCCUCAAUUUCUCCACAAUCUUUUCUUUUCCUUCCUUAUUUCGCCCUCAACUCAAUCCUAAUCCUCUCCACCUUCCCCCCUUCUCUCUCUUUGUUAGGGUUUUAUUUUUAUUUUCUAAAUUUUCAUUAAAAAAAGCUAUGUCGAAGAAGAGGAAGUCUGAUGCUACGCGACUGGACGAGGUGGAUCGGAGCAUGUACACCACCUUCUGCAGCGCGGCUAACUCGCUUUCGCAGCUUUAUUCGCAGGCCAUGAACCACCAACGCCUCUCUUUCCAGGCCGGUGAACGUCACGCGCUGGAGAAACUGUUCCAAUGGAUUUUGAGGCAGCAAGAGGAAGGAUCACGGGUUACAACAACUGAUAUAGUUUCAUAUUUGCAGAAUGAGGUCGACUUUGGAGCGGAGGAGUCCCCAAUGUCGCCCAGGCUGUCAUUUCAGCUGCAGCAGCACCCUCAAACUGCGACUCAGCUGAACACUUCAAGUGCUCCCUUUUCUUCUACUCCAAUUUCAGCAGCAAAGAACUCUGUAUUCUCAAAUGCACUGUCAAGCCCUGUUCGUCGGAGCCUUCAGCACUACCACUCAGUCCAGGUUGGUUACCAUUCAAAUAACGUACUGUCUUCUGCUAAUGGAUCUCGAAAUACUGAGACCAACUACUGUCACCAACAAAUUAGGGAAGUCAAUUCCCCAAGCCCUAAUGAUUGCAUGGACAUGCAUGCUGAUAGUCCAGCCGGUGAUUUUCUUCUCUGAAUUUCUCUGUGGCGAUUUAUUUAUUUAUUUAUUUUUUUCAUUUUCAAUACUUCUUGUAAGGCUAGAAACCGAAAAUACUCGAGUGCAAUGAAGUUCAAUUUUUCUGCAUCA